AUGGAAGAGCACGGCAGCCAAAUCGCCUUACGGCCGCUUUCGAGCCGCACGACGGAAACCCAGCAUGGUCCUCACAAUCAAGACGAAAUGCGAGAGCAUUCCGCUCAUCAAAUGCCCCCAGAUUUCGACUCAACUCACUCGCCGCACGAUGAACUGCCUGUCUAUACGCGAGCCCCGCCAGGGAACCAGUCACUUGGACGUGGUCAUAGCACAACACUUCAUCGCUCUACUUUCGUUCUGUUGAUGACAACUUACUUUGCCGCAAUGAUGAUCUACUCAUGGGUCAUCUUGGCUAUUCUGUCAUUUAAGCCGGUGAAUGCCCAUAGCUGGGAGCCCCACACUACUGAAUAUGGUCGCUACCCCAGGAAGAUGCCAAACUACGCGAUGGAUGGGAAGCUAUAUCGGUCGGCGAGGAUUAUACAGUCCAUAGCCAGCGUGUUGAUCUUACCAUGGACCUCAGCUGUCUGCGCCUAUGCAGCAGUAAUCUUUGCUCAGAAUCAAAAAGACAGUUCGAGCAUGACUAUGCGACAAGUCAUGAAUUUGGCCGACCGACGAUGGAUGGAUGGAUCAUUGGUUCGUGAUCUCAUUGCUGGAAGCUGGAAGCAACACGGAAGUGUUUUUUUGGCCCUAGCUAUCUUUGCUCACUUCCUGGCUCUUGUCAUCUAUCCGAUCCAAUCCAUUGUGGUCAACGCGAAGUCGCUUCAUGUUCCUACUUAUCCAAAUGCGAUGGGUCGGAUAAGUGAUUUGGCAUAUAUGAGAGCCAAAUCCGACCAAUACCCUGGGGUCGACGUUAUUCAAACCCGCAAUGCUCUCGCUGGGGUAGAUAGGCACACGUGGAAGCCACAGCUUUGGGACGAUGGAGGCAGUCAGAAAUUUUCUACGCUCUCUAAUCUCUCUGCCAUGAACGAUCCGUUCUUUUCCCCAUUGCCCAACGGCUUCAACAGUGGGGUACUCCGUCAGUAUGCCCCGCGGAUCAAUUCAAGUACCACUGUACGUAGCAUCCAGGAAAAGGAAUACCCGCCAAACUGUGGAUCCGACACCGCCAAUCUUUUCGCCAACUACUCGUCUGUUCACGAUGGCUACCCUGGGUCCGACUAUAGUUUUACCGAGAGUUGGACGAUCUCUGCUUGCAUGCUCGCCUCAAAUAUCACAUCGCCGUGGACAGAAACCAGAGAUCGCCAAGAAUUCUCAGAGGUGCUCUAUCUUAAUAUAUCAGUUCAAGAUACACAAUCCCCGAUGAGUGACCUUCUUGAAAUUAGACUCACUACGACUGCCGGUUACUUUGAGCUUCCGAGCUACAUGAACAACCAAACUGCAGGGUCAUUGCUUGACAAUGAUCCAACGGUAGAUUGUGAGGACGGUGGCUAUGGCUGUAUCCGCCAGACCGAAUCUUACUACUAUUAUAAGCGAAUUCGACGUCAAGAUGAUUCAUCUGAUAAUUCAACGACCACUUACAGAAGAACUCUUCCAUGGGCCCCCAUGUUUACUUCAAACAAGGGCCCCCUAUUGAGUACGGCACUUGCUAUCUUCGGCCCGGGUUCCUUUCUCAGCACAUUCUUCGCUGAAUACAUCACGCUAACAUCAGCUAUGUUUAAUGCGGAGCUUUCAGGGGAUGCCAUUCGAACUAGUAGCGACCGCUCAGUAUGUAUUGAGAUUGCCCCUCUUACAAAUAUGCUGUCCACCGCAUACUCAGAUUAUGCCGCGUCGGAUUCGUGCGUCACGCUAUACCUUACUACUAGCUCCACUGGCACACGUUCUAGCUAUAUUUCUGCAUCCUAUGACAUCAUGGCUAAGUGGCUUAAGGAUAUGUUUUCCGACAAAGAGAUCUUGACCAACACUUUGAAUGCUGCUGCAUUCCUUGCGAGCGAGCGUCAAUUUGAACUCUUUCAAUCCUAUUACACUAUCUACCAAGACCUUGGCUCUGAAAUGAUGGUUCCGGAUUCUACCUUGGCCGGCGUUGCUGUCGCUUCCUUCUUCCUGGGCCUUUAUAUCCUCAUUUUGUUUGCUCUUUCAUUGUAUGGAAGUCUCUAUCCCCGUUGGACUUUACGACUGGACUCUUUCGCCAUGUUCCGCCUUGGGGCCGCUUUUGGUCAGGAGAAUUCCACGGUCCUUGUUACGCGUGCAAAUCAAGAUGUCAAGUUCCUUGACGAAAUUCCUGGUGUGGUUCGGGAUGUUGGUAAUAUUGCGGAUGAUGCAAUUAUACCCAUUGGUCGACUUGGUUUAGGGGAAGGCAAGCCUCUACGGGCAGGCCGAAGAUAUGAAUGUUAUCAAGGUGACAAUGAGCCUUUGACAAUAGCAGAGAAGCGGAAGAUCACCGGUCGAUAUUAA